AUGGCAUAUGCACUGACUGUGUUUGCCACUGUGAUCCUGGGUGGUUGGGUGCAGACUGUGGUCAACUGGAUCUACGACCCGGAUCCAUCAGAAGAUAGCCUUUACCAUCUUUUCGUGUCCGAGUUUACCAACCAUUGUGGGCUCGACUACUGGGCACCUUACAGUCGCGUCAUUAGAGCCGAAUCUACCAAUGGACCCAUCGGCCCUUAUGAGUUCAAGCAGAAGAUUGCGCCAUCUUUCGCCCAUAAUCCAUCUGUGGUAUGGAAUGAAGCAGAACAACUUUAUGUGCUUUAUUCCAUUGGGUGUCGAACAGAGGUUCCUGCCAGCUGCAAAAAUAUGGAUUACUCUUGCGGACCAGGAAACACAAUCAAUGGAGAGAGCGGAAUAAGUGUGAGAACUUCGCCAGACCUUCGCGACUGGACUUCUCACGGCCAGGUUAUCCAAGGGGCCAACGAUGGCAGUUGGGAUGCCGACACAACCAAUCCCGCGCCACUACAUUUUCCAUUUGGAUCUUCUGGAAAUGACCCAGAAGUUAUUCUGGCCUACCGUGGUUGCCCGUACAAUUGCUCCGGAGAAGAGCUGAUCAAUGUGGCGUCCGCAAGCGAUCCGACUAGCUCUUACAAGCGCAUCCACCCCCGGAAGCCCAUAUUCCAGGAACCAAGUGAGGAUCCAUUUAUCUGGGAAGAUUUUCGUGGCAACUAUCACAUGCUAGUCCAUUCGCUUCUUCCAGAUGCCGGUUUCGGGGAUGGCCCUAACGUUGGUCGGCAUGCGUUUGCAAGGUCGUGGAAUGGGAAAUGGACCUUCAACAACGCUACGGUUGCUUUUAACACAACAGUCCACUUUACGGAUGGACCGAGUGUUAACUAUUACCGAAGGGAGCGGCCGAAUAUCUUCUUCAGCGACGACGGAAUGAUGAGACCCUUGUUCCUGUCAACCGGUGUGCAGAAAGUCAAUUCCUCAAUGAGCUAUUCCCUGAUUCAGCCGAUUGGGAAUGGAGAAUAA